CCGACCUGUUCACAGUCCGGCACACUGACCUUGUCUAUCAAACAUGGCACUCUUUGGGAUGUCUUUCAUUCUUAGACCUGAGAAUACUGACCUUCAGUGAGUAUCACUCGCCACCCAGGGUCAUCGAAGGUCGUGGAGACAAAAUCGCGACCAACGAUUGAGUUGCCAUCAAAGAAAUCCAGGGCAGCACUGCUCUCGGAAUCCGAUUCGUCUGCCAUCUGCAGGGUCGUCCCAGGCCCUUGGACGCUGGUCAACCACACGCGAACGCGAGCCCGAUCUCGAUUGCGACUCGACUAUUUUCCAACUGUUCGCUUGAUGUAAUACGACACGCAAACGGAAGAAGCGUCAUAAUCAACGGUGACGCGUUCAGCAUCCUUCCAUUCGCGCGACAUGGUAUUGCACACGAUGCAUAACGCAGGCUCUACCUCCUCCCUGGCGUCCUCCGCUUCAGGGUCGUCUAUCUCUUCCCCGCCACCAUACCAUACCGGCGUCGUCCCUCCGCAGCGCUCAGGAAAGCUGAGGCGUCUUCCCACUCCUCCUUCAUCCGCGUCCCUUUCUCUCACUCUUCCGAGCGAGUCCUUACCUCCGAGAACUCACUCGCUAACGCCUCGCGCCUCUAUCUCUUCCACCAAAUCUCUCGGAAUACGUCCACUCCCUACACCCCCGUUAUCCCCAUCUUCGUCUACAAUUCUCGCCAACCCUGAACCGAGUCCAGCGCCAUCCCUAUUAUCACCACCGUAUGAAACAUCAUCCAUACGCCAACGAACCUGUCGUGCUCAGGUCUCCCUUCCGAUCAUCUCCACGACUCGUCUUCUGCCUGUGCCACCUUCGUCAUCAUCAGCAGUAGCGAUGCCGCCCGCGGCCUCACCCCUGAGUCCCGAAGCACCGAGUGUAGAAGAGCUGAGGUCGAAGAAUCUGUCCAAGUUGAGGAGACAUUUAGGGAAGAGUGUUCCCGCGGAUUUGGUCAUCAAGCCUAUCGCAUGCGACGAUGAUUCAGAGGGCGAAGACGAGGGCGUCGAAGGAGACUGGGUAGGCGAUGAUGACGACGACGAUACUUAUCGGUAUGGGAGGUUAGCGGAGGAAAGGGAGAUGACGACAGUAGCGCCUGCUACACAGAAGUGGAAGAGGUCGGGAGGCGUCACCUGGGCCGUGAAGCCGUCAACACCCGUCUCACCCCCCGUCUUCGCUGUCAUCGGUCCUGACGGCCAACCUCUGCACGAGAAACCAUCACAUAAAUCCUCGUCGUCUUUCUCUACUUCUGCUUCUGAAUCAUCCGCCUCCCUCGCUACCAUGUCUUCCUCGUCAUCGUUAUAUGCGGCCAACGACUCGAGACCCAGUGUGGCGAGUGGCCCUGGGAUGUGGCUUCAGCGUAAACCGCUUGGAUGUCUCCUGCCGAAAUCACCUCCGUCCAUCGAACCUUUGGGCAUCCAGCUUCCACCUGGUGAUUCCGAUACGGAGAGGAAAGUUAACAGUCGGCUUUGGAUGAGGGAGGUUCGAGGGGACAGGACGGUAGAGACCGAUUACGAGGAUAUCAUGAAGGUCCUGCGCUCUCUGCAUUAG